CUCCAGGUUACACAGGAGGUUGUUCUGCUGCAUUGGCUUGGCAAGUCGGCAUGGUGUGGUGACAUCUGGAAGCGGGAGUACCUUUCCCUCCCCUGGGGAAUGACAACCGAAGCAUUAAGGACUUCCUACGAAGUAGAAGUCACCCACACUGCCACAGCCUGUCAAAAGUAUUUCGCACUCUAUUGACAUCGAGCUUUCCCGGCCAGCUCAUAAUUGUCAUCGGAUGAACCUGCAAAGUCAUUCAUCGGGUUCCUGUGCCGAGAAUGCUUGGCACGGGCUCGGGAGCCCCACCCGCCCCGCCCGGGACCCGGAGCUUUCACGACACCGAUACCCGUUCGCAGUCUUGUAAUGUUGCCGAGAUAUUCGACGAAAAAGCCUCGAACACCCAUGAUCACACGAAUCAUGAUUAAUUCAAGAUGGAUUCUUUGGAAUUCCAAGACUAUGAUAUGAUUAUGACGUUGAGGUGGGAGACACCAACCACAUUUUUGCGAUUCUGUUGGGAGGACUGAUAUCCCAAGGAAGGCCUGACGUGAAUUAUUGAACCCGAAGAAUACGGCCGCCGUCAUGAUCCGAACGGCUGACGAAUGAUCGGCGCUCAGGGCCACUCAUCUUCAACUGGCAAGUUUCGAGAAAAACGUGGAAAGCCACCUCUCCAAGCCACCCUUUGAACAUCAGAGUGGGACCCACCAGCCUCACCUUGUUUCAAUUGCAUGCCCCACAUCCAGUGCUGCCAACCGAAACCUGAGUUGCCAAAACGUCCUUCAUGAACCAAAGGCCGGCCGUUACAACAACGAGCAGAAACCGGCACAGCAUCUCGCAUUCUGCUUUGCUGUGGCGUUGUCUUUGGAGAAAUUAAUUUUCGUUUUUAGACUUGCAUCUUCGGAGACAUGUGGGUUUGGACGUUGAACCCGGCAUUCUAGUUCACCCGACCAUGACAGCCUCAUCCCCCAGCUUCAAGAGCCCCCGUGCUCAUGCCCCCACCACCACGACGCCCAGCACCCGCAUCAUCAGUAGUGCCCAACCAUACAGAACGCUGGUGACCGCAUUUCUGAUAUGGAAAGCUGUCUUGUUUGCCAUUGCCCUGGGAAGCACCCUCGUGGGCGACGCCUAUGACACGUCCGCCGACCUCUUGGUGCACGGUGGCGUGGAAGCGGCAACGACGGGCCAACAACGGGCUCAGCAGCCAUUAGGUCUUUCUGGUGGUCUGGUCUCGCGGUUUGCCAGCUGGGAUGCCAUUUACUUUCUCAGUUCUGCAAAACGAGGAUAUAUAUAUGAACAGGAAUGGGCCUUUGGUGCUGGCCUGCCCAUCGUGGUCAGAGGGAUUCUUCAAGGUGCAAGACAUGUUGGCAUCGCUCCCCCAGCAGAAGGGGGUGUUCUCCCUGAAGCUGUCAUUGGCGUCACUGUCGCCAAUACGGCACAUUUUCUCUCGGUGAUUGUGCUCUUCCGCCUCGGACAGGUUGUGUGGCGGGACCGCACUCUAUCUUUGGUUGCGGCUCUGCUGCACAUCGUCUCGCCUGCUGGCAUGUUUCUCACGGCGCCUUACAUGGAAAGCUCCUACGCCUUUCUGGCCUUUACCGGAUAUCUUCUCUUUGCACUGAGUAGCCAAGCUGAGAGUCGUGCACUUACUCGUGAUGUAUAUUUGGUGCUCGCAGGGAUUUUCUUUGGUCUGGCCACAGCCUUCCGAAGCAACGGCAUUCUGAAUGGUAUCCCAUUUGCCUGGGAAGUUCUGCGGCACCUCCCGAAUCUGCCGCAUAAGCCUUUCGACACCAUCCGCCGCCUUGUUGCAUUGGGCAUCGGGGGUAUCUGCGUAGCUCUAGGGUCCAUAAUCCCUCAGGCCAUCGCUUAUGGGCAGUUUUGCUCCGGUGCUUCCGGGGUAGAUCCUCGGCCAUGGUGUGAGGCUUACUUACCGAGCAUCUUCACCUUUGUCCAGGAGCACUAUUGGAAUGUCGGCUUCCUCCGCUACUGGACGAUUUCUAAUCUCCCAUUAUUUUUGCUCGCCACCCCGAUGCUGGCGAUCCUAGUUCGAUCGGGAGUGGAGCAACCCACAUCGGCUCGGCAGCCUGUGAUUGCCGCCAAACCCGUCGAGUCGGCCCAACUGACAUCGCUUAUUCAGUCUGCAGCGGCGGCUCAAGUAGUGCUUGCUGUGCUUGCUAUUGCCAUGUACCAUGUGCAGAUUAUCACGAGGAUAUCGUCUGGGUAUCCGCUGUGGUAUUGGUGGGUGGCCGGGAGCUUGAUUCGGGGCGAGAAGGUGGGUGGAUAUAUUGUCAAGUUUAUGGUUUUGUAUGCCUUGAUUCAGGGGGUGUUGUUUACUUCGUUUUUGCCCCCUGCAUGAGCGUGCUGUGUGUGGGGAGUUAUCAGUAUUAUAUUAUGUAUCUACCUAGUUGAUAUAUACCGUCCAUAUCCAGUCUCGUAUCCAGUAGUGUUUGAUCCUACGUCUAUAUAUUUGCGUUUCGUUCGAAAGCUAUAUCCUGUUGCCGUUGUUGUCGUACCCGGCCAGUUCCAAGCCUGGUUUUCGUUUCUUCCUUCAUUAUUUCCAUCUCUUCUGUUCACAUGUCCUUUAAGCUGGAUGCCGUUCUCUCUCUUCCCUCAUUACUUCCAUCUCUUGUUUAUCAUACCCAAUAGUCCCAUGUAUUCACAUAUCCCAAUAUCCGAAUUAUCAACCCGUUCACUGCUCUCCGCCCUCCUCCUCCUCAUUAUCGCCCUCCCCCAUAACCAACCCAGCCCUAACAAGCCAAACCCCGGCCAUGACCGGCGUAGUCACCAACCCCAACACUCCUCCCAAAACAAGCUUAAACACCUGCGGCGUCCAAGUAGCAUCAUACUCCCAGUCCCCCUUUCCGUUUGCCUUCCCGGCAGCAAUCAACAACCCCACCGUCGGCCCCCAAAAGAUCAAAAAACUGACCACCGCCACAAGCAUGCUCCUCGCCGCCUGGCCCAAGAGGAACCCUCCCCAUCCAAGAAUUCCGGCCCCCGAUGAUGGGUAAGGCGACACAGAGACGACAACCUCUUCCGGACGGCCCCUACCCCCCUUCUCAUCACCCCCAGAUGACACCACCGGCACCGUCGUCGGUAACGAGCAAAGCCACCUGACCAAUCUGUUGUUACUGAGCAGAGAAGAAGAGCCGAACAUUCCUAUGGGAGGCACACCCCCGGUCUUGAGGUCACGGUUCACAAGGAACAGCUCAAUGAGCCAGGUGACGAGACAUUGGAGGAUGAUGGUUACCGCCGCGUCGCCCGCCAGCGUCGAGGGGAAGGACCAUAACGUGAUCUUGUCUGGGGGCUG